GAUGAGACUCCUGUCUCUCGGUUUCCUCUGCCUCAUGUCCUGUCACGCAGCGCAUGUGGACAGGCGUCGUCCCAGACUCGUCCCAGUCAGAGGACAGAACGACACAACAGUCCAAAGCAACGCGGUGGAGAACCCUUGUAAAGCCGCCCCGCUGGACUUCGUCUUUGUCAUCGACAGCUCCAGGAGCAUCCGCCCCAACGACUACGAGAAGGUCAAGAUCUUCAUCAUCAACCUGCUCCAGUUUCUAGACAUUGGCCCUGAUGCAACCCGGGUCGCUCUGCUCCAGUACGGCAGCGUGGUUCAGCCCGAGUUCUCCCUCAGCACCUACUCUUCCAGAGAUGAGGUGGAGCAGGCUGUGAGGAACAUGAAGCACCUCGACACGGGGACCAUGACCGGUCUGGCCAUCCAGUACACUGUGGAGGUGGCCUUCACCGAGGAGCAGGGGGCUCGACCCACGAGCCUGCACAUUCCACGCAUCGCUGUGAUCGUGACUGAUGGGAGGCCUCAGGACACGGUGGAGGAGAUUGCAGCUGAAGCCAGGCAGGCCGGCAUCCAGAUCUUUGCCAUCGGAGUGGGCAGGGUGGACAUGAACAUCCUGAAGGCCAUAGGCAGCGAGCCGCACUCUGAGCAUGUCCACCUGGUGGCCAACUUCAGUCAGAUUGAAACCCUGAUCUCUGUGUUCCAGUCCAAACUGUGUGGAGGUACAGACAUGUGCAAAGUGGUGGACCAUCAGUGUCAGCACAUCUGUGUGAGCAGCCCCGCCUCGUACAGGUGCAAGUGCAGAAAAGGCUUCACCCUCAACCCCGAUGGAAAGACGUGUAAAGCUGAUGACACGUGUGCCACGGUGGAUCACGGCUGUAAGCACGUCUGCGUGAACCUGCCUGAUGGCUACGAGUGCCGCUGCCGUCCAGGAUAUGAGCUCACCAUAGACCAGAAGUCCUGCAACAGAAUAGACUACUGUGACCUGGGAAACCAUGGCUGUGAGCAUAACUGUGUCAGCGUUCCAGAGUCCUACAUCUGCAGGUGUGGCAAAGGCUACCUGCUCAAUGCGGAUGGCAAGACCUGCAGAAAGGUGGAUCCUUGUGCUGAUGGCAGCCAUGGAUGUGAGCAGGAGUUUCUGAGCACAGAGGGCAGAUGUGUGUGUAGAUGCAGAGAAGGCUUCACGCUCAGACCUGAUGGGAAAACAUGCAAAAAGGUGGAUCCUUGUGCUGAUGGCAGCCAUGGUUGUGAGCAGGAGUUUCUGAGCACAGAGGACAGCUGUGUGUGCAGAUGCAGAGAAGGCUUCACACUCAGACCUGAUGGAAAAACAUGUCAAAAGGUGGAUCCUUGUGCUGAUGGCAGCCAUGGAUGUGAGCAGGAGUUUCUGAGCACAGAGGACAGCUGCGUGUGUAGAUGCAGAAAAGGAUUCACGCUCAGACCUGAUGGGAAAACGUGUAAAAAGGUGGAUCCUUGUGCUGAUGGCAGCCAUGGCUGUGAGCAGGAGUUUCUGAGCACAGAGGACAGCUGUGUGUGCAGAUGCAGAAAAGGCUUCACGCUCAGACCUGAUGGAAAAACAUGCAAAAAGGUGGAUCCUUGUGCUGAUGGCAGUCAUGGAUGUGAGCAGGAGUUUCUGAGCACAGAGGACAGCUGUGUGUGUAAAUGCAGAGAAGGCUUCAUGCUCAGACCUGAUGGAAAAACAUGCAAAAAGACGGACCACUGUGCUGAUGGGAAUCCUGGUUGUGAGCAGGAGUUUAUGAGUACAGAAGAUUCAUGUGUGUGUAAGUGCAGGGAAGGAUACAGACUGCAAACAGAUGGAAAAACAUGUCAAAGUCUGGAUCUGUGUCAGACGGUGGAUCACGGCUGUGAGCAUCAGUGUGUCAGCAGCUCUGACUCCUACAUCUGUAAAUGUUUUGAUGGAUUCAAACUGGCUGAUGAUGGGAAGAGCUGCAAACAACCCGACUGUCACGGUGGGAUCAUGGAUUUAGUUUUUGUGAUUGACGGCUCCAAGAGUCUGGGACCUGCCAACUUUGAGCUGGUAAAGCAGUUUGUUAACAGCAUUGUGGACUCUCUGAACAUUUCCAGGAUGGGCACACAUGUAGGCCUCAUCCAGUACUCCACCAAAGUGCGUACAGAGUUUACUCUGGGCCGGUACGUCACAGCGCAGGGCGUGAAGCAGGCUGUGACCCAGAUACAGUACAUGGGUCGGGGCUCCAUGACGGGCUCGGCCCUGCGUCACAUGUUUGAGUUCAGCUUUUCGGACAAAGAAGGUGCCAGGCCAAACAUCCCACGAGUCAGCAUUGUGUUCACUGAUGGAAGAGCACAGGAUGAUGUUUCUGAGUGGGCCAAUAAAGCAAAGAACUCUGGGGUCACCAUAUACACCCUGGGCAUUGGAAAAGCCAUUGAGCAGGAGCUGAGAGAGAUCGCCUCUGAACCUGCUGAGAUGUAUCUGUACUAUGCAGAAAACUUUGAGAAAAUGGGAGAAAUUUCAAAAAAGCUCAAGUCCAGGAUGUGUAAAGAGAAACCAGUGAAUGAAAGUCUGUGCCAGUGUGAGAGCGUGGUAAUGUUUCAGAACCACGUCACAGACAAGCUGAAGAGCCUGGCUCAGACUAUUGAAGCUUUGUCAAAGAAGCUGGAGACUCUGGAGAAUCAGCUGGUGCCAAAGUGA